AUGAAACGAUGCGGGAGUAAUGUUAGAACAGAAAUUACCAUUCAACCAUUACGUGAACUUAACAAUGGAAAACAUUCACGGUUAAGAUUCUCAGUUUUGCAGCCAUUAAAACGUCUCCGUUUCAUGAUAAUUAGUGAGCACAGAUACCGAGAGCUUUUGAAAUGUUUCUUUUUUAGAGAUUUAUGUUAUGUCUCCAUCGAAAUUAAAUGGUUUCAUUCAUUUCAUUUGAAUUACUUACAAGAAGUUGGAAAGAAAAGAUUUGAAAAGCUUGAAGAAUUUUGUAUUGUGUAG